UGUGGAUUGCUGUGUGUGGUUCUCUGCCACAGUAGCGUUGCAACUUGACGGUAGUUGUCGCCGUGGCCCCUCUGAUAAUUCGUAACUGUGCACGACAAAGCGCAUGAGUCUAAUAUUCCAACAUGAAUUCGCAAGGAGUUCUGCUGAGGCGGCUGCCAUUCGCAAUGGCUGUUCCAUCUGGCUGUUCCCUAGUCUGGAGUUCCGAUUCUGCGCGGAUUGCAGAAGCCGUUGGAAGGAUUGGCCUUGUAUCCUGGCGUCGGCCGAGGUUCGUUCGAGGAACGCGCGGCAUACAUCUGAGCUUCAAUAGGGAAUUAGAGGUGAACGAAGGUGUUGCGGUUGUUUCUAGUGGGUAUGGGAGAGAAUACUUACCGCCACGAUUCAGAGCAGUGUGGCUCCAAUGAUGGAUUGGACGGACAACCAUUAUCGGACUCUCGCUCGCCUUAUGUCUAAACAUGCAUGGUUGUACACUGAGAUGGUAGUUGCUGACACUAUCAUACACCAGCAAGAUAACCUUGACAAAUUUCUCAAGUUCAAUGAAGUUCAGCAUCCUAUAGUGCUUCAGCUGGGUGGUAGCGAUCCAGAGAAGCUCUUAAAAGCAUCUCUGCUUGCUAGUGUAUAUGAGUAUGAUGAAAUAAAUUUGAAUUGUGGUUGCCCCAGUGAAAAAGUCGCUGGCCAUGGUUGUUUUGGUGCGUCGCUUAUGCUUGAGUCUGGGCUUGUUGCUGAAUGCAUGGCUGCUAUUGCAGAAGGUAGUCCAGGAACUCCUGUUACUGUCAAGUGUCGAAUAGGAGUUGAUGACUUCGACUCUUACGAUUUACUUCAUAAGUUUGUCACGACCGUAUCAUCUUCGUCACCAACACAGCACUUCGUUGUACACGCACGAAAAGCGAUACUCAAGGGACUGAGUCCUGCUGCAAAUCGAACUAUACCUCCUCUAAAAUAUGAAUACGUCUAUGCCUUGAUUCGAGACUUUCCAAAUCUUAAGUUCACAUUAAAUGGCGGGGUAGUCAACACCCACCAGGUGAACGAAGCCUUGCAGGAGGGAGUUUUUGGAGUUAUGCUGGGGCGUGCCGCUUAUAACUAUCCAUGGGCAACUCUUGGCAACGUUGACAAUAGUGUGUAUGGGGAUUCAACACCUCGGUUGACUCGACGGCAGAUUUUGGAGAAGUACGUGGAAUAUGCUGAUGCUGAGCUUCAUAAGUAUGGUCCGAAGAAGCCAAGUGUUAGGCAUCUUGUUAAGCCCUUAUUAGGGAUAUUCCACGCGGAGUCAGGCGCGGGUGUAUGGAGACGGGCUGUUGAUAAUUCCCUACGUAACGCUGAGACUGUGGGUGCCCUUUUGAAAGAAACACUAUGUGUGUUACCAGAUUUUGUGCUCGAUUCUCCACCUCCACUUGAAGCCACGUCAGUGUCGCUGCAUGCUAACCUGGCCCCCCUUCCACCGACUCCCUCAUUUGAAUGUUUUCAAGGUCGGAACCUUAGUUCCAGUAAUUUAUUAGGCACUAAAAUAUUGGUCAAUGAACAUGCAUAGCAAUGCCCGACAGCUGAUCUGGAUACGAGCAUACAUUGUAGUAGCAGAAUUUAACUUGUGCUCUCAGUUUACGAUUUUCUUACUGUUUUUACCUUGAGAGUGAGUGGUAUAAAUUCAAUGCCGUGUUGUGGCCUCUGCUGAUGUUGAAAGACCAGUUACCAGAUGGACACAUACUUCGAAGUUGCAACAUGCCCUAAAAGACCUGUGUUUGUCAUGUUCAGAUGCUAGACGAAUUAACCUUUAUAUUACUGAUCUCCCGGUUAAUGCAGACGUAAGUCACAUAAAUGCA